AACGAGGGCUUUUUAUGAGAGAUCUGAUUAACUAAUACUUUAUUGCUCUUUUUCAAGUCCCCAAAUCCCAUAUAUUUAUAUGCACCUGUUGCUUGCCCACCUUCUCAUCUUCUCCAUUUUUACCCCAUUCAUCUCUCUAAACUCUGCCUUGUUCCUCAUCCAGCUCUUCAGCAGCAAUGGCCAUUGAAGCUAAGUUCCUUAUUUUCUUCGUUGUAGCUCUCCUUGCCUUGUUGAUGGCCGAAUCCAACUCUCUGGUUUGGACUAAUGAGGCAAACGAUGCUGCAGACCAAUAUUUUCCAAACAAGGCAAACAAUGGACAAGGCAGUCUGAGGAGCUACCAAUGCCCCUCUCAGUGCAACAGGAGAUGCUCGCAGACUCAAUACAAGAAACCAUGCCUCUUCUUUUGCAACAAGUGCUGCAGCAAGUGCCUAUGUGUGCCUCCAGGAUAUUAUGGCAACAAGGGGAUCUGUCCCUGCUACAACAACUGGAAGACCAAGAGGGGUGGCCCAAAAUGCCCCUAACUUCAUCAAAAUUCUAUCCUAAUUACCCACUUCUUAUCUGACCUUUUGUUUGAUUUAUCUUCCUAUUUUUAAGCACGAUAUGUACUACUUCCCUUAAAUGCCCAACCAAACCUUAGCGCUUUUACUACGAGAAAAUGUUUGGUGGGAGGCAUUUCAAACUUGUUAGAAUUGUGUUCUGUGGGACAUGGAGAUUUGUUUCCAAUUUUAUCUUUAUCAUGGCUAAUAUCAUUCUAUUCUUAUUCGUGGUCCCUAAUCCUUAUCACUGUAUUGGA